CACAUCAAUAUAUUAUAAAUAUAUCCAUAUAUACUUUCCAUGGGAGAUAAAGUCUAGUAGAAGGUUAAUUGCCGCCACUUGUUGAAAGCCGCAUCACGCGUUCACAUCUUUCCCUCUCUCUCUGUAUCUCCAGCUCACAAAAAUUUAAAAUUAAACCCUAAUUACCUCAAGUACUCAACAAUUAGUUUUUGUAAUUAGUAAACAUGUCCGGCAAACUAGCUCUACUGAGUGUCUCUGACAAGACAAAUCUCCUGGGAUUGUCAAAAAAAUUACACGAGCUAGGAAUGACCCUGGUGGCAUCAGGGGGUACAGCAAAAUCACUGCGAGAUGCUGGACUACCAGUAAAAGAUGUUGCUGACAUCACUGGAGCACCGGAAAUGCUCGGAGGAAGAGUUAAAACUUUGCACCCUGCAGUCCAUGCAGGUAUCCUAGCACGGAUGACAGAUUCCGAUCAAUCUGAUAUGCGAAAACAAAAUUAUUCAAAUAUAAAUUUAGUUGUCUGUAAUUUGUAUCCCUUCAAAAAUACCAUAAGCAAAGCAGACGUCACUCUUGAAGAUGCUGUUGAGAAUAUUGAUAUCGGUGGUGUUACUCUGCUGCGUGCGGCUGCUAAGAAUCAUUCUAGGGUCACUGUAAUCUGCGACCCCAAUGAUUACGAAAAGGUCAUCAAUGAAAUGGAGAAUGACGUCAAUAGAGAUACGAAAUUGACCACUAGACAAAUGUUAGCAUUGAAAGCCUUCACUCAUACAUCGGAGUACGACGACGCAAUAUCCGAUUACUUCCGCAAGCAAUACAGCAGUGGAACGUCUCAAUUAACGCUGCGUUAUGGAAUGAACCCGCAUCAGAAGCCAGCGCAAGUGUUCACGACCUUGGAGAAGCUGCCGAUGAAGGUAAUAAAUGGAUCUCCGGGUUUCAUAAAUCUGUGCGACGCAUUGAAUGCUUAUCAGCUGGUGAAAGAACUGAAACAAGCACUAGGACUUCCAGCGGCGACCUCGUUCAAGCAUGUAAGUCCUGCAGGAGCUGCUGUGGGAGUUCCUUUGGACGGAGUGCAGGCUAAGUUGUGCCAGGUUGAUGAUUUGGUUGAUCAACUGACACCUCUGGCUGCUGCCUAUGCCAGAGCACGUGGUGCUGACCGAAUGUCCAGCUUCGGCGACUUUAUUGGACUGUCAGAUCCAUGCGACGUUGCUACGGCGAGAAUUAUUUCGCGGGAAGUGUCUGAUGGUAUUAUUGCACCAGGUUACACUCCGGAAGCUCUGGAGAUCCUUAAGAAAAAGAAGAACGGCGGGUACUGUGUCCUGGAGAUUGACCCAGAGUACGUGCCCACUGAAAUCGAACGCAAAAUGAUCUUUGGAUUGACAUUGGAGCAGAAGAGAAAUGAUGCUGUUAUUGAUAAAAGUACUUUUGCUAACACUGUCACUGAGAUAAAGACUCUAGAAGACGCUGCGCUGAGGGAUCUCCUCGUCGCGACGAUAGCCGUCAAGUACACGCAGAGCAACUCCGUUUGCUACGCAAAGGACGGACAGGUGAUCGGUAUCGGAGCUGGACAGCAGUCGAGGAUCCAUUGCACUCGUCUCGCCGGGGACAAAGCUGACAACUGGUGGCUGCGUCAGCACCCAAAGGUCAUGGGGAUGAAGUUCAAAAAAGGAGUAAAGCGCGCCGAAAUUUCAAAUGCCAUCGAUAAUUAUGUCAAUGGAUCUGUGGGCAAGGACAUGGACCAAGCAACCUGGGCUAGUAUGUUUGAAGUUGUACCUGACAAGCUGACGGAGGAGGACAAGAGCCAGUGGAUUCGUAAAAUGGACAAGGUCGCUCUCAGUAGCGACGCUUUCUUCCCCUUCAGAGAUAACGUUGAUCGUGCCAGGCUGAGCGGAGUUAAAUAUAUAGCAAGUCCAGCUGGAUCAACAAAUGACGAAGUGGUUAUAAAAGCAUGCAAUGAGCACAAAAUAGUCUUAUCACACACCAACCUCCGAUUAUUCCACCAUUAAAUAUUAAAUAUUAAAAAUUAUUAUAAUUAUUUUUUUAUUAUCAGUGAUAAAUGAUAACCAAUAUCAGCACUAAUACUUUUAAUAAUUAUCGUGAAUAAAAAAAUACGAGCUUA